AUGCGCUUCAUAUGGCCGCCUGUAGUAAAGGCGCUGGACGAACGAGCUGCAAAAGUGGCUGACGGUUUGGCUGCGGCAGACAAGGCCAAACAAGCUGCGGCUGAGCACGAAGCUACGUUAAAGGCGCAAAUGGAGCAAGCUGGUGCCGACAACGCUGUGCGUUUGGCCAAUGCUGAGCGUCAGGCGCAACAGAUUGUAGAAGAAGCAAAGUCCAAGGCUGCUGAC